CGUGAGUUCUCUUGGUAAAACCAUAUGACUUUAAUGAGUUUCUUUAAAUUUAAUACUGGAUAACCUUCGAGAAGACUGAGGCCUAAAUACAAUUAAAAGAAGAAAUAUUUGGUUUUUAGUUCAGUCACAGCAUUGCUAACCUAUGAGUUGAGUGUUUACUGUUUACAAAAUUGUCAUUUUGACUUUUUGUUUUGCAAAUUGUUUCCCAAAAUAAUUAUUUAUUACUUUAUGUCCUUUACUACAAGAUUGGAAUCACAUGAUGUAUUUUUGUGAUGAUUUUUUUUUAAAUUUUACACUGGAUUAUGAAUAUAUGAAUUAUUUGGACUGUUAUCAUAUAAUAAAAAUGUGUAGCUAAAACAGCUGGAUUAUAAGAAAAAUUUUGACUAGUAAAGUAAAUUCCACUCUGAUCAUAUUAUUAAGUAAUGAAAAAUGGAAACUUGCAGUAGAUGUGAGAAAAAAUCUGUGCCUCCAGAAAAUACAGAACUUGUACAAAUCAAAAAUGAAAAAUGUAAUUAUCUAGAGGAAUGUGUAGAUCACAAACAUUUUUACCCUACAGACAUUAAACCUGAACUCCACGUUGAAUUGAAUUGUAAGGAAACGAAUAUCUAUAAAGAAGAAAAUCUCAACUGGAACAUGGCAAAAGCACCAGCAACAUCGAAAGUAUGUGAUAUUGUACAAUUUUCAAAAAACUUCUUACAUCAAGAUGUUGCCAUGGCAGAUGAGCAAAGAUAUGUCAUGUGUGGUGUAUGUGAGAAAGAAAGUCCAUCACUUUCUACUGACUGCAUAUGUUGUGGCAAAUCAUUUGCCUUCAAGGAUGAAGAACUGAAAGAAACAGAUGUUUUUAUUGAAAGUGUAGAAGAAAGGCGUCAUGAGUUCGAAUGUGUUUCUUGCCAAUCAUUUUUCGAUAAUAAUAUUGAUUACGAAACACAUCUUGAAAGCCACAAAGACAAGAAAAAAGAUUUUAUGUGUGAACAAUGCGGUAAAACUUUCAAGAAAAAGUGGGAUUGUCAAGUACAUGUUAAAGUGCAUAAGGGUAUACGACCAUUCUCAUGUGAAAUAUGUUCAAAAACUUUUACAAGGAAGUAUUUCCUGAAUGAACACUAUAAAACACAUUCGGGUGAAAAACUGUUUUAUUGCCAUUUGUGUCCAAAAAGUUUUCUUCAAAAUAGUAAACUUUUGCGUCACCAUAGAAUCCACUCAGGAGAUAAGCCUUAUCAGUGUAAGUAUUGUUUGACGAGUUUUUCUAGGAAAAGCAAUAUGAGAUGCCACGAAAGAAUACACACAGGUGAAAAGCCAUUCUGCUGUACAGUUUGUGACAAAACUUUUACUCGGAGCAGAAACCUGGAGAAACAUCGAGAAAGUCAUGAGCAAACAACAUUCAAAUGUGAAGUUUGUGGUGAGACAACUGGUAAGAAACUGGACUUCAAAAGACAUACCAAAACUCACUUGAAAGAAAAAUGGUUUAGCUGUAAUUCAUGUGAGAAGAGUUUCAAAAAGAAAUCACUCUUGAAGAGGCAUGAGAGAAGCCAUAGUGGUUUGAAGACUUAUAAGUGUAAUUUUUGUUCCAAUGCUUUUGUAUCUAGUUUCAAUUUGAAAAGACACAUGAAAAUACAUUCAGAUGUAGUUACAGACUAAUUUAAAAAAAGGAAUAAACACAAAACUAUCUGUGAAAUUUUAUUUUAUGAAUUCAAGAAACAGUUGUGAUGUUUAAUUUUUUUUUUUAAUAUCAUUGUAAGUUUUGCAAACCAACUCUUAAUUGGAUGUCAUGAAGAAAUCGUUUUGAAUAUGAUGACACAUUCAUCAAUAAUAUAUUAUGUGCCAUUGAUAUUAUCCAAAACAGAAGUGUCAAGAUUAUUAAUAAUGAAGAAAAUAUAUGCUACCCUUCAUAUAUUUA